AGCGUCCCCUGUUCAUCCAGAAGAGCUUUGCAUUGUGGGAGCUCCUUCCUUUCUCGCUCCCCGGCCAUCUUGGCGGCUGGUCUUGGUUGGGGGCUGUCCCGCACCUAAGGCAGGAAGAUGGUGGCCGCAAAGAAGACGAAAAAGUCUCUGGAGUCGAUCAACUCUAGGCUCCAGCUUGUUAUGAAAAGUGGAAAGUACGUGCUGGGCUACAAACAGACUCUGAAGAUGAUCAGACAGGGCAAAGCGAAAUUGGUUAUCCUCGCCAACAACUGCCCGGCUUUGAGGAAAUCUGAAAUAGAAUACUAUGCUAUGUUGGCUAAAACUGGUGUUCAUCACUACAGUGGCAAUAACAUUGAAUUGGGCACAGCAUGUGGAAAAUACUACAGAGUAUGCACACUGGCUAUCAUUGACCCAGGUGAUUCUGAUAUUAUUAGAAGCAUGCCAGAACAGACUGGUGAAAAGUAAACCAGGAAAGUUUUUCUUUAAUAAAACUUUACCAGAGCUCCUUUUAAAAACA